AUGGUAGCAGACGCAUUAUCAAGAAAAUCUGAAGUAAACACAAUAAUGGAAGUUAGUAUCAAAGAAGAUAUAUACGAAAGAAUAAAAGAAGAAUAUAAAGAAAAUACAUACCUUAAAAGAAUCUUGAAAGCGUUAGAAGAUCCUAAAAGCGAAGAAGCCAAAAGAUUAGGAAAGCAGGUAGGUAGAUUUGAAUUAAAAGAAAGUGAAUUAUUAUUUUUUAAAGAAGGAGCAGAGGAACCAAGACUGA